UGCAAAGUAGUACUUGGUCAGUUAGUAAGUGUUGUGUGGACCUGGAUGCAAGGAUGGGUGACACUAAGUGCAGUAAUGGGAUUCAGCACCAGGGGUCAGCGAAGACUGAUGCCCAGCUGUUUGACGAGCAGUUCGAGGAGCUUGUGUCAGAGCUCGCAGAAAAAGACUUCACUGACCCUGUCCUCACAGAUGCCCUCAAAAGGCUGAGAGAGGUGCUGAGCUACAACGCCCCAGGAGGCAAAAGGAACCGAGGUCUGUCAGUGAUUGGCUCCUUGAGGGAAUUAGUCCCUCCCUCAGAACUGUCGCCUGAUGCUGUCCAGCGUGCGCUUCUGGUUGGCUGGUGCAUUGAACUGCUUCAGGCAUUCUUCCUGGUAGCGGAUGACAUAAUGGAUGCAUCUCUGACUCGGAGAGGACAGCCCUGCUGGUAUAAAAUUGAGGGAGUGGGUCUGGAUGCCAUCAAUGACGCGUUCCUCCUGGAGGGGGCAAUCUACAGGCUGCUCCGAAGGCACUGCAGGGAGCAACCCUACUAUACACACCUGCUGGAGUUGUUCACAGAGACCUCUUUCCAGACAGAACUGGGUCAGGCAUUGGACCUGAUGACAGCUCCCCCUAAUCAGAUUGACCUAAACCGUUUCACAAUGGAGAGAUAUAAAGCCAUAGUGAAGUACAAGACUGCCUUUUACUCCUUCUAUCUCCCUGUGGCUGCAGCAAUGUACAUGGCUGGAAUAAACAAUGAGGUGGAACAUAACAAUGCCAAAACCAUCCUACUGGAGAUGGGGGAGUUCUUUCAGAUACAGGAUGAUUACCUUGAUUGCUAUGGAGAUCCCGCCAUCACAGGCAAGAUUGGCACGGACAUCCAGGACAACAAGUGCAGCUGGCUGGUGGUGACUGCACUGGGAGUCAUGACCCCUGCACAGAGAGAAGAGCUGCAGUCCUGCUACGGGCGCAGCGAUGAGGCAAGCGUGGAACGUGUCAAGGCGCUCUAUGACACGCUGGGGAUGCCCGCCCUUUACCGGCAGCACGAAGAGGACAGCUACCAGCGCCUGCUGAAACUCAUCGAGUGUCACGCCAAAAACCUUCCCCAUGCCGUCUUCCUGAACUUUGCAAAGAAGAUCUACAAGAGAAACAAGUGAAGGGGCCGGAAGGAUUAGUGACCAAAUACCCUGGAUAGGACUGCUCCUAUCAAUGAUACAGUGAACAGAAAAUGUUAUCGUCAGGUACAGGGAAGGGGGGAACGCUAAUGGUGUGACACUACAUGCAAGUGUGACCCAGAGAGUGCAACAUCAUUAGCACUAUCACUGAUAUCUGUAAUUAUGUUAGAGAAAGAUAUAAAGGAGCAAGUGACUGUGCUUCAUAAAUUAGAGAAGCAAUCUGAAGAUCACUGGACAUAAUGCAGAUGAGCCAAGUUAACAUCCUAUUCGAGCUUUCUCCUGCAGUGAUUUAUGUUACAUGCGAUGUUAGUGGUGAUGUUAUCAUGAUUAAUCUGUAUUUGAUACAAAGAGCAUGAUUAUAGGGGAAUUGUUAGGUUCGCGCCUCACCUUUACACCUGAGUUUAAGCAUUUAAUCAUUAAUUUAUUUGAGACACAGCAUGGAGAAUGCAAAAAGGGAUGAAUGACAACCACCAACAGCUAAGGUGAAGUAUAGUGAAUGAAUUGUUUUUUAAUAAGUAUCCCUGUUCUGUGUCAUCUUGUCUAUAUCAAUGUCCUCUCUCUCUCUUUCCCUUUCUCAUUUUCUGUGUCCCACUUAAUUGCUCCAAUCUUU